CUCAUUUGUGUGCUCUCUGAGUCAGCAUUAGCUAAAUUUUCCAGAAAGCCAUCCACACAGUACAGCCUGGGCAUUCAAGGGACGUCACUCAUUUCCCCCAGUGACCUUGACAAGUCAGAAGCUUGAAAGCAGGGAAAUCCGGAUGUCUCAGUUGUGAAGUGGAGCAGUGUGAGCCUCAACAGAUUUCCAGAACUCUCCAUCCAGACCAGAGAUUGAGCAUCUGCCUCUCAUACUGCCAGUGGCCAUCUGGGGUGCCUCCCUGGCUCUAAGGGGUUGGCACAAUGGCCAAGGGCUUCAGCCUGGUGUUGCUUCUUGCUUUCAUCUGGACCACGAGGCUCCUGGUCCAAGGCUCUCUCCGUGUAAAAGAUCUUUCCAUAACGCUGCCAUGCAGAAUUGUGGGGAUCACCCUUGUGAACAAAAAGGUAGGCCAGCAGCUGAAUUUCACAGAAGCCAAGGAGGCCUGCAGGCUGCUGGGAAUGACUUUGGCCAGCAGAGGCCAGGUCGAAGCAGCAUUGAAGGCUGGCUUUGAGACUUGCAGCUAUGGAUGGGUUGAAGACAAAUUCUCGGUCAUCCCUCGGAUUCUCCCGAACCCCAAGUGUGGGAAGAAUGGAAUUGGUGUCCUGAUUUGGAGAGCUACAGUUAGCCAAAGGUUCGGGGCCUAUUGUCACAACUCAUCUGAUAUUUGGAUUAACUCGUGCUCUCCAGAAAUCAUCACCACCGAAGAUCCCAUGUUCAACACUCAAACUGAAAUACACAUGACAGAUUUUAUUGCCAGUGACAGUACAUACUCAGCAUCGUCCCCUUAUUCUACGCCUCCUGCCCCUGCUACUACGCGUGCUCCGGCUUCCACUUCUAAUCCACGGAGAAAAAAAUUGAUUUGCAUCACAGAAAUUUAUACAGAAACUAGCACCAUGCCUAUGGAAACUGAACCAUCUAGUGAAAAUAAAGCAUCAUUCAAAAACGAAGUUUCUGGGUUUGGAGGUGUCCCCACGGCUCUGCUGGUGCUGGCUCUCCUCUUCUUUGGUGCUGCGGCUGGUCUCGCAUAUUGCUACGUCAAAAGGUAUGUGAAGGCUUUCCCUUUCACAAACAAGAAUCAGCAGAAGGAAAUGAUUGAAACCAAAGUAGUAAAGGAGGAGAAGGCUGAUGACAGCAACCCUAAUGAGGAACCAAAGAAAACUGAUAAAAACCCAGAAGAGCCCAAGAGUCCACCCAAAACUACGGUGCGAUGCCUGGAAGCUGAAGUUUAGAUGACAAAGAAGUGAGAAGACACACCUGAGGCUGGUUUCUUUCAUGAUAUGUAUCCUGGCCCCAGUUGAGGAAACUAUUAAUAAAAUGGCCAAAGAAUCAGCGAAGAAAGUCCAGCCUUGGUUCCUAACUGGAAUCAGCUCAGGGCUACCUUAUGACUAUGGAGUUCACCAAAGAGAACUCCCUUCUUCCUAAUGCAAACCUUUCUGGAUCCUACCCUCCUACCUCCAAAGAUUCCCACAGCCUUUCUAGCCUGACUAUGUCCUGAUAAUAUCCAAGUGGGAGAAAGGAGCUUUGCAAAGCACACGGAUCUAAAACAGCUAAUCAGUACACAGUUGUAAAAAGGCCCCCAGGCUGUCCAGGACCAGGAGAGUUGAGAGGCAAGGAGUCACUGAGACCAAGGCUCUCUCUGCUGACUCCAUAGCCUAGAUCCUUCCUUUAGCUCUGAAAGAGAAACACUUACACCACCUGGCAUAUCCUUCUGAACCAGGCGUGAGCGAAAGGACAGAGAAGUUUAGCACUCGAGAGCCAUGGAGAUUCCCAUGACUUGACAUCUAAACUCUGUAAAGCCAAGAUAAACAGAGAAAUAGAAAGUGGCUGAGGAUGCUGACAGCGUGUUGUCAGCAAGGACUAUCCACAUAGAGUCACAGCAUUCUUCUCUGAAUAAAUUGAGUUGGAACCACUUUUUAGAAUAUACACACAUUUUCUUUUCUCUGUCUCUACUGUUGCUACUAUUUCCUUUAGAAAAAUAUACUUUUACAAGAAACAAAACUAAAUACUCUUAUAAAUUUCUAUUUUUAUCUGAGUUAUAGAAAUUACUACUGAGGAAAAUUACUGUGUUAAAAAAGUAAUAAAAUUCAACAAAUAUUUGCUGAAUAUCUACUAUAUGUCAGGUGCUAUGCGAAGAAUUACAUGCCAUAAUUGAAUAUUAUUCAUCAAAAAGUUACAUAUAGUAGAACGCUAUCUGAAGCUAAGUUUUUUCAGUUUUGAUAUCCUUAGCUUAUCCACUUCCAAACUAAUUUUUUUUGCUUGGACUAAUAUUACUCAUUUUCCCCAUUAUGGCAACUAUUAUAACCUUAAUUUAUUAUUAACAUACCUAAGAAGUACCUUAUUACUUCACCACACCAAAAUUUUUAAAAUGCCAUUAACAAAUGUAUCACUAGCUCUCCUUUUUCCAGCAAGAAGAGCCUGAGAGGUGCAGAAAUAUUUGUCCCCCCCCAAAAAAAAUAAAUAAAUAAAACAUUUAGAAAGCUUCUUUGCUCUCUUAUUUACAUAGAUCUACUUUUCAUGCAAAAUUUAGAUAAGGACCAGAUUAUGAUAUAUUGUUUGUAAAAGUAAAAUGAACAACUUUGGUUGUUAAAAUACAAACAAAUGUAAACCUCA